GAUAUCUAAGCAUUGCAAUUUUUUAUGCCGGUUGCAUAUUUUUAAACAACCUCGCAUUCUUACGAUUUGUAAUUGAAAGUUCAACAUUCAGAUUCAUAAAUGGCUGCCAACAUCGCUGCGGCUGCCGCAGCAGCUCAAGAAGUUGAUCCUGUGCUUAAAAAGGCCGUCAAAUUAUUGCAUUCUAGCAAUUCGACAUCUGCCUCCGAGCUGCGACUCUUGUUGGACGAAGCACUUAAGAUGCGCUUUGGUCCAGACAAAGUGAUUACAAACAACAUGUCCCAGCGCAUGAUAGACGAUGAAGCCAACUUUCCAGGGCGUGUUGCAACACCACCCCAGCCCAUCAGUACUGAUGAGAUCAUCAAUCUGACCAAUUCCCCUGAUAAGGAUUCGGUGGAUACCAUCAAUGACUCGGACGACGGCCUUAGUGCUGGCAUUGUUAACACAGGUGACACUGGGGAUUUUGGGGAUCUCAACUGCUGCGUCUGCGGCGAGAUGGUAUUUACAGCCACCAAUCGUCUUAUCGAAUGCUCCAAAUGCGGAGCCAUGUAUCACCAGGAAUGCCAUAAACCACCCAUCACCAAAGAGGAAGCGGCUGAUGACCAAGAGCAGACCUGGCAAUGCGAUACGUGUCAAAAUAAGCCGACAACCAGUCGUGCAGCAACCUCAUUCUCAGUGGCAUCUGGCGCCUCCACCGUGUUCAUAGCAGACGAUCCUGUUCCGCUGACCAGCAAACGGAGCAAGUCGUAUGCGGCUGGUGGAUCGUCUCAUUCAUCAACAUCCUCCAACUCUUCGUCACCAUUUUACAGACCCGAGCCAAGCAGUUCCACCAAUGCUAGCAGUAGUAGUAGCAGCAAGCACUGUCACAAAUCCUCCUCAUCAUCGUCCUCCAAGUCGCACAAGGAAGAGCGCUCCAGCAAAUCCACACUGGGCCCAUCAUUAAGUGCCCUUAGCACGCUAGAGAAACCCUCUGCCAGCGGAAGUGGAAAUGCCACUUCGUCGUCUAGGCGGGGAAGCUCAAAGUCCAACUCUAGCAAGAGCAGUUCCUCCAAGCAUCAUGAAAGCAGUAGCACCAGCAGCAGCAGUAGACGCCGAUCAAAGCAAUGACGAGUCCAUGACUAUUAAAUUGUAGUAGAACUCUCACUACAUUUAAUAGUCAUUGGAAAAUCAAUCAGGACAGAAAUAUUUCAGUGAAAUGCUCCAUUUCAUUUGCUCUAUUAAUCUACAUGUAUGGGUUAAUUUAUUGGAUUUACUCUUGUACUCAUGUAUGUAAUAAUUUUUUAAAUUCACUAAGCCAUAAGCCCUCUAAAAUACAUAUCUGACUAAACCCACAAGGAAAAGGAUUACGAAUGGACAUUGCGUAGAUUAAGAUUAAGUAAAUAGCAAUUGGAAAAUUUUUAUUGUAAAAAAAAUUAACACUAAAUUUGUAUAGAUAAAUGAAUAUGAAAACAAAA